CGCUCGAGCACCCAGCACGUCCGCCCCGAAGCAUGGCACUCACAUCUCUCGCGCUCCCCCCCUUGACCGAACACUGAGAAAACGCGUCGCUCAGAUCUGGUUAGGUCGUCUACGCAUGGCAGUGCAGGAUUUGGUCGAGCUCUUCGAACCACAACCGUCUUCGACUCGGAAGCGACCUUCUUCCUCGAGACUUCAGGUAGACCCGGUACAACACUUGGAUGUUCCUCAAGGAUCAGCUGGGUCGUCCGAGGGGCAUCUGACUGGCACCGAUGCAUCCCCUGCACCUCCAAGUUUUCUGGCACACCCCUUACUGCGACGCCGGGAGCCAAGUCAGGCUGAAGACGAUGGAGAGGACGCCGCACUUCUCGCUCAUGCGCAGGCUCCAGGAGAGAGACAGGACGAUGCCCUCACUAGCUCAAGCCAUAGCCAAUACGGGUACGACUACUCGGUUGACGUGACGGAUGGGUUACCCAUGGCGUCUGGACGAUCCUACACGACUUCACGCGUACCAUUCGCGAACACGAAGGUUGUCCCGGAGGCCAUUCAGAUGAGUUCUCUGCAGCGUCAUGACAACGUUAACGACGGCCUACCUCGAGAUUCUCCGAGGCCCUCUACGUCGUCAGGCCUGCGUACAGGGGCACCAUCAUCUUCGACCACUGCAAUGUCACGCUUGCAGAGGCUGUCUGUGAGCUCGACUACCACCGCUGUAGGACGGGUACAGCUGGGACCUCAUACCCCCAAUACCCCCAUUCCACUGGCAACGGUGUUUUCGAGGAAGGCGCCAGCACUCUAUUUGCCAAAGUUAGACGACUAUAUCGCCUCGCUCCCAGCACCGUCGUAUGUAGCGAUCGAACAGAGCAAGAAGGGCAAGGCGCCAACUAUGGCCAUGUUUCCGCCUAUGCAAGCAUUAGCGGACACCAAGAAGACGCUGGCCGAUCUGGAGCACAACGCGACGGUAGCACCGGGAUGGAGAAAUUGUGACUCGAUCUUCUCCACUCUUCUUAGCUUGACCAUUGGCAUAACGGGAUCAAGUGCACUGGCGUCCUACUACAGCGUCCAAGGACUAUUCGACACGCUUCAGAUUUUCGCACUCAUUCUGAGUACUGUUGUGUCCUCCAGUAAUACAUUCAAGGAUCGUUGGCGAGAAUUGUUCCUCGUCAAAAUCCCGAACAUUUUGGCCUUAAACUUCGCGUCGACAACCACAGAAUCUACCGUCUUCCUCAUAAUAUGCAUGAUCGUAUCCGGCUUGCUCUUAUAUUACUUCUAUCGGGCAACCUCUCAAUGUACCACCAUCCGCGUCCCGGAAGGGCAACAAUCUCUGGAAUACCCCAAACAUUCUUGGCUUAUCCUGCUGGUCAGCUUUUUGCUGACCGUCAUCUAUCUGCCUGUUAGCACCAUAGCCAUGCACAUCCUAGUCUGGUCAAACGAUCUCUGGGUCGUCCCAAAUCCGUAUACGAACUCGACGUCUAACCCCCCAACCGUGGCACCCUUGGGUCCGCCGGACGAGUACCGUGCGCCUCUCGAUUUCUGUUGGACGACAAGCAUGAAGCUUGACGCGGUCAACUAUGCGCCUGUCCUGGUCAUCCUUGCCACCGCCUGCAUCGCUGGGCUGACAAUCUGGUUUCCUAUUCGUCUGUUCCACACGAUCAAGAAAGUUGUCCCGGUCGUUGACCGCUUUACGGAAUUGGGCGCACCCAGGAGUAACAGCGACAUGAACCGCGAAUACCAACGCUUAUUGAAUCGCGACAAAAACUCACUGAACUUCCUGUACAGCGGGUUUCGCAGGGGUUGGGGAACGUACGAAUGCGUGUUCCUCCUCGCAAAGCUCACGACGCUCUUGAUCACGGCGGUCAUCGACCCAGGCAACUGCCUCUUCCGCACCCUUUCUAGUAAAUGGGUGGCAGUCGCCCGUCAAAUCGUCUUGUUGCUUGCGAUGCUCGUCUACUUUAUCCUUCAAGGCAUCUACGCACCCUUUCUGAAUCCCAUCAACAACGCCUCGGAGUGGUUUUCACGAUUGAAUUACGUCCUCACGUCUGCAGUAGCCCUUGGAGUGGCUCUGAAUAUACCCGGAUCAAGCAUAUUGAACGGAGUCGUUCUUGAUAUAAUUUACAUUGUGACUUAUGGACUCAGUUUCUAUUUCACCAUCAUUAACAUGGACAUCACACGUCGCCUCGUCAAAAGGCUUGCACGUCGCAUUGAUUUCAGCAUUGAUAUGUUUUCUCCUCGGGUUGACCUUUCACAAUCAUCUCCCCAUACACGACGACGGAUCUGGCAGGAAGCCCUUAUGACGUUGUUUCUAACCAACCCAACUACUGAAAUACCGAAGGAACAGCCAAUGGACUUCAAGGAAGCGCGAGACGAGGAGUUCCCUCCUUAUCUGACCGAGUUCAAGGGCACACCUGGGGAACGUAUGGUGGAGAAUCUGAAGAUACUCCGUGAAGUGGGGUCAAUCUCCUAUUACAAGGCUGUUGCGCUUAUAGCUGGACCUGACGCCGCUCUCUUCCGUCGCCUCGAGAGAGACAUUCAAGAUCACUUCAUUGGUCCCGACUGCUAUUGGAAACCUCCAGAUGCACCUCUCCCGAAGUGCACGCACUUCUUUGGCAACGCUUGGUGGAUUCCGUUCCCACCGACUUUGGUCAUUCGCUACGACGACGGACCAUUGAGAGCUCUGCAGGACUUGUCACAGCUAGAAGAGUAUGUUGCUCAGAACUCGAGCCCUCACAUUCGUCGAAAGCGUGAGAUGCGACUGGCCCUACGAGCCAUGGAUGGGCUAGUCGUCAUGUGGCCCUAUGAUUACGUCCGGAAUGUUGGCGAAGACACAGGGUGGUGCUGUUGUCGCAAGCGGUACGGAGCCCAAGCCGUCAUCCACUACAAGACUUGUACUUUCCGCAUCAAACGUCGCGGGACCCUACCUUGGGAAGGAGUCGAUUUGGGUAGCGGAUUCGAAGUGGAACUGACAUAUGCGAAGGGCGUCACAGUCGACGGGUCUAUCAUUGGCCUCACAGAUGAUCUCGAUCUUACCCAGCCUCUCGCUCGGUUCUUGACUAUGAACGAGCGACUGAUUGCAGAACAUCUGGUACCGCUUGAGAUGGUUCUGCGCAGUUAUCGUCAUCACAGCAGACGGGAGUGCCAGUGGAAAGCAGACGUCCUCACGUAUCAAUUCCUGGCCGCCGUCUAUAAUCAGCCUCGCUUACCUGCAGACGUUGUGAGUGUCGUCCAGGAGCUGGAACGCGACACGCGCGUGCGCGAAUUGGUGAGCACGAGCCGCCCGAUCUUCGAGGUCACGUACGAGAGGUGGUCCGGAGUGUCUGCGUCGGAAUUGGCCACAUGGUGGUAUGUCUACUGGGACGACUUGUGGAGACGGAACUACAAUACUAUCAGCGCUCUGCAGAAACAUGCGUCAGAUUUCGACCCCCAUUAUCCUUCUUCAAUAGCAUAUACCCCUCUGCCCCGUGCCGCGCUCGAGGCCUUCCUGACUCAGCGUGGUCUAUUGCACAAGAAGGCGAAGUGGGACGAUUUCUUCGACGCCGGCUUGCUCAACAAGAUGUAUCUGCGAAUGAAUGACAUCGUUUUCCAUGGCUCGCAUGGGGCCAAUGUCUUGCACCUUGGGGAGGACACCUCUGAGCUCGAUAUGGAAGAAGUCGACAUGAAGACUCUCAUGCAACCAUCAACGCUCGGUACCGGAGCAGGCACCGACUAUGAUGACGUAUCCAUUCGUGCACGCCCUUACUAUCGUUGGGAAGGCAUUCUUGACGACGAGCUCAGAAAGACAAAACCAAAGCAUCGACCGUUCCUUGCCAAGAUGGCCGUGUGGUUCGGCCUUAGCCCAUUCUGGCGGUCUGGUGUGCAGUCGAAGGGACUGGCACUUGAUGUGCGCAUGGAGAACGGGCGAUAUGUCUUAUUGGACGGUGUCGAGACCCAGACCACUGUGGACGAUCCCGAUUCCUUCAAGGGACAAAGCAGCGCAGUACAUGACGUCUAGCGUGGAGUCCUGUUUGCAAACAUUUGUUCUGUUGGUGAAAUGUAUUGCAUAUCCAUCAGCUGCAGUACGCUGCUGCAAGUUGAAAACGUGCGUGCGCCGGUGGUAAUGGGCGCUAGACUCGGUACG